UUUCGUCUCGUUGCUGUGAGGUUUGAAUUGUGUGUUGAGUUUGGAAAAUUUUUAAAAUCCAUCUGAGACUUUGUACAGUGUUUGCGGGUGUACUUGCUUUGUGUAAUGGCGUUUUUGCGUUCCAUUUGUGCUCAACGUACAAUAAAAAAUUUAGUUAAUUAUCGCAAGGAUUAUAGUAGGAGGACACAUUACGAAGUAUCAGUGAUCAAUUGGAACACUCCUGGAUGUGUUCGCCUAAUAUGUCAGUCAAAUGACUUCAACACCGACAACUCUAGUUGCAAAAAUGUACAUAACGAAAGUAUUUUAGGAUUUAUAAGUUCAAAAAGUCAAUUAUGUCUCCAGUUCCAUUUAUUGACUCCUAAUCAAAGUUUAUUAAAAAACGUGAUUGUUCCGCAGUAUGUACAAACUCAAAACUUACAUAUUGAUUCUUCACGCAAAACUCACUUCGCGACACCUACGAUCAAAAAAGAUAGCAAGACUCUUCAGCCAAGCAUUCCUCCAAAUGUUCAACGGGAUCCAUUGGAUGUCGGUUUUAAUGAUCCUAACGCGGCAUUCAAGAGCAAAACGACAUGGGAGCUGAUAAGAGCAUAUAUCGUUUACACGAUUUGUACUAGCGAGAAGAUAGUGGAGCACAACUUAAAGCUCAUGAAACUGGCAAAAACAGUAUUGGGUACGAAAUUAUUUACACUGCUCAUGAAAGCAACGUUCUACGGACACUUUGUUGCCGGCGAAGAUCAAGUCAAAAUAAUUCCAACCCUUGAAAGAUUACGAUCAUUUGGUGUGAAACCAAUUCUCGAUUAUUCUGUUGAAGAAGAUCUGUCGCAAGAAGAAGCUGAAAAACGUGAAGUUGAAUCUUCGGUGUCCAGUGCUGGUGAUUUUAAGGAGGAAGGCACAAUGCCUCAGUACCACGUUGAUAAGUCUUUUGCUGAUCGUAGAUACAAAGUCAGUAGUGCUAGAACUUAUUUUUACUUAAAUGAGGCAACAUGUGAAAGAAACAUGGAAGUUUUCAUAAAAUGCUUAGAAGCAGUAUCAGCCGAUGACAAUAAAACCUUGCCUCGACGAAAUGCGAUUGGUGCUACAUUUGGUACAGGUAUUACCGCUAUUAAGUUAACUGCGCUUGGCCGUCCUCAACUUUUGCUACAAUUGUCAGAAGUAAUUAUGCGCACAAGAAAGUAUAUGGAAGAUCUCGUUGGUGGUCAAGGCAAUGUAUUGACCCACCACAAGACUAUUAAAGAUUUAGAAAAGUAUUAUGCAAGCUUAGGUGAUAACAAAAACGUGAAGGAAUUUCUCAAAAAUGUUACUUCAGAUAAAGAAGGCAUAUUGCACCUGUUUCCAUGGUCGGGCAUUGUAGACGAAGACUCCCAACUAAGUGAUACAUUUCGAGUGCCGGAUCCCCAAAGUGGUCAAAUGAGACGACUUAUUUCACAAAUUUCAACAAAAGAAGAGGAAAUGUUUAGAAAUAUGAUUCGACGACUAAAUACGAUUGUGAAGACUGCCGCUGAACUAGAUGUUCGCAUUAUGAUUGAUGCCGAGCAGACAUACUUUCAACCGGCAAUCUCACGUAUAACGUUAGAAAUGAUGCGGAAAUACAACAAAGAGAAGGCAAUUGUCUUCAAUACAUACCAAUGUUAUUUAAAAGAUGCCUUUCAUGAGGUUGUUACCGAUUUGGAACAAGCAAAACGUCAAAAUUUUUAUUUUGGUGCUAAGCUUGUACGUGGCGCCUAUAUUGAACAAGAACGAGCACGAGCCUCUGCUCUAGGCUAUGCUGAUCCAACGAAUCCAUCGUAUGAAGACACAACGGAAAUGUAUCAUAAGACUUUAACUGAGUGUCUUCGAAGGAUAAAGAUUAUAAAAGAUAGUGGAGACGAUCAAAAAAAAGUUGGAAUAAUGGUUGCGUCACACAAUGAAGACACAGUGCGAUUUGCAAUAGAAAAAAUGAAGGAAAUCGGCAUUUCACCAGAAGAUAAAGUCAUUUGCUUUGGUCAACUUUUAGGCAUGUGUGAUUAUAUUACUUUCCCAUUAGGUCAAGCAGGAUACUCGGCUUACAAAUACAUACCGUAUGGUCCAGUUGAGGAAGUUCUGCCGUAUCUUUCACGUAGGGCAAUUGAAAACAAGGGAGUUCUGAAGAAAAUUAAGAAAGAGAAACGUUUGUUGCUUUCCGAAAUACGGAGAAGACUAUUACGUGGGAAAUUAUUUUAUAGGCCCAAAGGCAAAUAUGUCCCCAUCUAAAAUAUUACACCUUUUUACAAAAACAUUUAUUUUCUAAUAUUAAAAGGCAAAAAAAAAUUAUUUAAAUGUAUACAUUAAAAAAAUUUUUAAUCAAAUUUAGUAUGUGCAUACCAAAAAGAUUUGUAGCUGUUGUGCAUAAAUAUUGAAGUUAAUUUGUGAAGUGCUCCGUUAC